AUAUUCAAUCUAUGUAUAAUAAUAUAAAAAUCUAGUCCUUAUCAAUAAGGCAGUUUAGUAGUUUUAAUCAUAAGAAUCUAAAUAACAUCUAAAUUUUGAAUUUUCUUUUAUUUAUAAAUGAAAUAUUAAUUAAAACUUAUCACCACCAUUAUGCACAGGGAGGGAUAAGCGACCGUUACCUUAUUAUAUAGCUACCGUCUAAUAAAAAUAAUAAAAAAGAAAAAGAAAAAAGGGAUUUACCAUAUGUUUUCUUGUCAAACCGCUAGACCUUUCCUACCAUAAAAUCCAAACAGAUACAAACCUAACGAACUAAAUUAGAAGGAAAAGAGAAAAACGGAAGAAAGAAAACGCGCGCCAGCAGCCACGCAACUAAUAUAUUAUAAAUAAAUAAAUAAAAAAGGAAAAUAGGAAAUUCAACGGAUGACGUAGCAUUCAAUAGAAGAUGACGAAACACAGACCUCUGCUUUCUCUCUAUAUAUACCUUCCAUUUCUUGACUCUUUAAACCCCACCUCCACUCUCCCUCCUUCUCUCUCCUUCUUUCUUGAGUUAAUUAUUUCUUUUUGUUCUUAAAUUUUCUUGUCUUGGACUAUGGAUUGCAGUGAAGCAAUUGCUACCAUUUCUGCUAAUUCGUCUUCUCCUUCUCUUUCUAAUUCUCCUACUUCUUCAUCUUCUCCACCUUUGACUCCAGCCCCAGUAAUUCUUAGCCCUUGUGCUGCUUGUAAAAUAUUGCGGCGACGGUGUGCUGAUAAAUGCGUCUUGGCGCCCUAUUUUCCUCCUACCGAACCUGCUAAAUUCACCAUUGCUCAUCGCGUUUUCGGUGCUAGCAAUAUCAUUAAGUUCUUGCAGGAACUACCAGAGUCACAAAGGGCUGAUGCAGUGAGCAGCAUGGUCUAUGAAGCAAGUGCAAGAAUCAGAGACCCAGUUUAUGGCUGUGCAGGAGCAAUUUGCCAGCUUCAGAAACAAGUUAAUGAGCUACAAGCACAAUUAGCAAAAGCACAAGCUGAAGUAGUCAAUAUGCAAUGCCAGCAAGCUAAUCUUAUGGCCUUAAUUUACAUGGAAAUGGCACAAUCUCCUCAGCAAUCAUCAGAACAAUCCAUCGACGACUUCAUCACCACUCCUCAAAGCUACCAGAGCAACCCCUGCUUCCUUGACGAGAGCAAUUUAGGGACGAUGUGGGAGCCUCUCUGGACAUAAUUUAAUGAUAAAAUCACAGCUUAAUUAGUAAUUAGCAGUAUCCUUAAAGGAUAAAAAAAAAAAGAAAUUAAUGUUCCAAUGAAGUUCUCCUAACCCUAAGGCAAGAAGAUGGGAAGGAGAAGUCUAAGGUCAUUAAUUUUCUUUAUUUUAAUAAAUUCUUAAUUAACUUAAUUAUAAUUGGAUUAUAGGUAAUUAAUAGUGUGUAAUGAAUCUGGGAGGGAAAAAUUAAAAAAUUUAUGUAAGCUCUAAGAUCUAAUCUCUUUGUAAAAGCUGAGACAAAGCAGAUUGGCCUUCUUUCUUUCUUUUUUUUUUUUUUUUUCUUUAUCUUUUUCCUUCCAUGUAAUCUUUAAUUUUAUAAAUUACUUAGGUAAAAAGAGAUGCCUUUAUUCUCAGUCUAUUUGUACUGAUUUACUAAAUCUUAAUUGAAUAACUUUAUGGUCA